UUUCAUCAGCUAACAGUUUUUUGCAACGUUACAAGGAAAGCCAUUGACUAAUUGGAAUUUUAAGCUACAACCUUCUUCUUGUUCUGUGCCUCUAAGUGGCCAAAAGAUUAUCCAAGUAUAAUUUAAAACCAUUGCUACUGGUUUGUCUGGUUUUGGCCCUUUGGUAAAAAGUUUAUUACUAGAAAGAAUUACUAAUCAAGUAUAAGAAGUCACUUAGAUUUUUUAGAUUCUUAAGGUGCAUAUGGAGAAUGGUUAUUCAGUAACUUCGUCUAAUUAGGACUGAAAAGUGAUAAUGAUGCUCCUAAAAAUGUAAGUUUAGUUCAGUCUCAUUAAUAUCUUAUAUUUAGGGAUACACGUGCACAAUAUUCCACUUGCACAUAGAUGAAAUUUAUUUCACUUAUAAAAAUGUUCUCAUCAACAAUUUGAUAUGGUGCAUUUUCAUUCUACGGGCAUGACAUGAUAUGUCUGGCUCACUCAAUGUCUUCUUCACUGGAUGUGGCGUUUUGCCAUCCUUAAUCACAACCCUUUUAUCUUUGGCAAUUUUUUUUUUUGUUUAUUUUUCCUGGUUGGUACUCACAUACACGUCUCUUUUGAGACUUGAACCUCUGAUCUCCCUUCGGGAAGUAAGAGACUGAUACCGCUAGGCCAAUAACCCUUUGGUUUAUCUUUAAUAAUUCAAGCUUAUCUUUCACUUUGUCAUUUGAUUAAGCAAAGUAGAUACCAGUUUAUGCACUUUCAGCAAAGCAUUAUCCAUAAGAAAUGCCCGACUAAUGCACAUCCAAGCAAAGUAGAAUUUACUCAAGUGUCGAACAAAGAAUAACUUACCUUGAUAAGAAAAGUCGAUACCAUUUUGGAAACUAAUAGCUUUAACAUGUUGAACCCAAGUGCCUGUCUAUUUAUAUGCAUGCACGCGCACUUCAUAUACGCCUUGUUCCUUUUGAAGCUCUCUCUCUCACACGCACGCACAUACAUGAAUCCAAUUGAAAAACAUACCCGUAAUAAGGAGCUGUACAAUGCUCUGUUGCAAAGAGAAGGGGACAAGGUGAUCCAACUUUGUCAAGGAAUUCCAGAGGGGCCGUUGUACAUAUUAACCAUACGCAAUGACACGGUCCUUCACAUGGCUAUUUACUCCGAACAGACGGACUUAGUACUCAGAUUACUCAAAUUGGUGCCUGAAAGUCAUCUUGACAAAAUGACCCUUCAAAAUGAUAGUGGAAGGACUAUACUCCACGAGGCAGCCAGUUCUGAUAGAAAUGUCCCGGCUGCUAGGGAAAUGUUGCGUAAAUCGCCGAAGUUGCUAGCUAUGCGCACCAAGCGUGGAGACACAGCUCUGUUUCGUGCGGCCCGGGAAGGCCAAACUGAGAGCUUCAAGUUUUUAGAUGGCGAAGUCAACAAAAUCUUUCAAAUUGAUGGCAGAGAAGAAACCCGAAAUGCCAUUCAUCAAAGAGACGAUAAAACAACUACACUUCAUAUAUCUGUUCUCACCGAGUCUUUUGGUUUGGCCCUUUUGAUUGCGAGGAAGUACCAAUAUUUAGUUGAUGAACGAGAUGGAUAUGGGAUGACUGCUUUGCAACUUCUUGCAUGCAAUCCAUCAGCAUUCAGAAGCGGGGGUAAACACAAUUCCCUCAAGCGACUCAUCUACACUUGUGUCGUAACUGAAGAUACUCCUGUGACAGAAGAAGUUGAAUCAUGUUAUCGAGUGCCCUUAUGGGAAACAAUUAGGAAGCAAAAAAAGAAGCACGAGGCUGCUUUGAGACUUGCCAAGUUCUUGAUAGAAAAAGAUACUUCAUGGGAGGCCACAUCUGUAUCUGCAUUUCGCCGGACUCAGUUGAAGACCCACAAAUAUGGAGGAUCCUCUGCCGCUACCAAAAGCCAAGGAGUAGAGGAAGUACAAAUUGACAAAACAAGUCAUGCAAUGAGCACUAAAGAGACUGCUGGAACUCCAUUAUUUUUGGCAACUAAGGUAGGCAUUAUAGAGAUUGUUGAAGAGAUACUCAAUAGAUAUCCUCAAGCAGUCGAGCAUAGGGAUGAUGAAGGGCGUAGCAUCUUGCAUGUUGCCAUCCAGUAUCGCCAAAUGCAUAUUUUCGAUCUUGUACAGAAAAUGGAAAUUCCGAUGAUGAGACUCAUGGGUAGGACCGACAAGAAUGGGAAUUCCGUACUGCAUAUGGUUGGGAUGAAGGAAACAGAUCGUGCUACUGAGGACACGCAAAGUCCUGCUUUGCUAUUGCAAGAGGAUUUGCUCUUGUUUGAGCGUGUGCAAAAAAUCUCCGCAACUUAUUACACCAACCACUGCAACUCUCAGGGGCAAACUGCUGAAGAACUAUUUGCCACUAAUAUGGAUAGAAGUCGUAAAGAUGCCAUAGAAUGGCUAAAGCGCACUGCAGAAAAUUGCUCCAUUGUUUCCGUGCUGAUUGCCACAGUCGCCUUUGCUGCGGCCUACACAGUACCAGGAGGCCCAAACCAAAGUACUGGUUAUCCCAUUCUUCUCAACCAACCUCUCUUCGUGAUAUUCACCAUUACUGAUGUGCUCUCCCUUACAUUCUCUUUGACGUCGGUGGUUACAUUUCUCUCCAUCCUCACAUCCGCUUUUCGAUUAAAGGACUUCAAACAGUCUCUUCCUCAAAAACUGUUGCUAGGAGUUACAUUCCUGAUUUUCUCUAUUUCAAUGAUGAUGUUGGCUUUUGGAGCAACAGUUAUCCUAACGAUACGUAAUAAGGAAUAUUGGACAAGAAUCGCCUUAUACUCGGUUGCUUUCCUCCCGGUCAACAUCUUUGCUCUGUCAUACUUGCCUCUCUACAUGUCACUCAUGAGGACCUUCAAGUACUCAAUUGAGAAAAUAGGUCAGGCCUUUCCCCGGUUUAGUAUAAAUUCCCGAACCAUCAAAUCUCAAGCCAGGAGUUCCACCAUUUCUACAUACCCUUCUGCAACUCUAACCACCCAUUCCCUUGUUUGAACUGCCAAAUAUGGGACCUUAGAUGAGUGUAUCUUCAAAAGGCCUCUACCUUUUAAAAUUAUUUUUUAUUGUCCAUUGUUAGAUCUUCGAGUUGUUAAUGCUUUGCUCUCUCUAAAUUUGUAAGUACAUAUAUGGAAAUAAGCAUGAUUAAUUU